CAACAGGGGUUGAACAUACUCGGUUUCACAAUGGCCAAGUUAGCAAUCGUUGCAUUAUUCGGACUCUUCCUUGUUCCAACUUUGGCAUUCGAUCCAAGGAUUGUCGGUGGAAAAACCGCUUCCGCUGGACAAUUUCCUUAUCAAGUUGCAUUGAAGAGGAGUGGAUCCUUCCUCUGUGGUGGAUCUAUCAUUUCAAGUACUUUCAUCUUAACUGCUGCUCAUUGUGUUGUUGAUGAAAAUAACAAUGUCUACGCCGCAUCACUCUUUACCGUCGUUGCUGGAACCCUUAACUACAAUAGUGGUGGAGUAUCGAAAACUGGCAAGAAGAUCUAUGUCCACGAAAGCUACGGAAACUUCAAAAAUGAUAUUGCACUCAUCGAAUUGAGUUCUGCUUUUACCUUCUCCACCACCAUUCAACCGAUUUCACUUGCCACUUCCGCUCCACCCACUGGUGCUUCCAUUGUCAUCUCUGGUUGGGGACGUUUGACCACCUCAGGAUCCCUCCCAAGUCAACUUCAAUAUAACACUUUGUCAGCUGCUUCCGUCUCUGCUUGCGCAUCCAGUGGUGUUAACUACGGUGGAUUGCUUUGCUUGACUCACUCCUCAGGAAAUGGUGCUUGCAAUGGUGACUCUGGUGGACCAGCUACCUACAAUGGCAAGAUUGUUGGUGUUGCUAACUUCGUUGUUGGAGGCUGUGGAACCUCAUACCCAGAUGGUUAUGCCUUGGUUCCAUAUUUCUACAACUGGAUCGCUGCCAGGGUUAACUAAGCAUUAAGAUGCUAAAGAGAAAUCCUGAAUAAAUAGAUGAAUUUAAA